AUGGAUCAAAAUUUGUUUGGAGGAGCCCCCAGGUUUCUCACACGCCCAAAGGCAUUCUCAGUGUGCAUAGGCAAAGAUGCCACACUCAGCUGCACCAUUGUGGGCAGUCCCACCCCACUGAUCACCUGGGAAAAAGACAAGCUCAAGCUGACAUCCGGGGGCCGCUUCAAGACUGUUGAGGAUGGAGACGUGUACCGCCUGACCAUCUAUGAUUUAACACUGGAGGACAGUGGACAGUACAUGUGCCGAGCCAAAAACAGUGUUGGGGAAGCUUAUGCUGCUGUCACCCUGAAAGUGGCCCUGCCAGCAGAGAUGGCUCAGAGAGCCCCUGUCUUCAUGGUGAAACCUACUUCAACACGGGUGGAUUUGGGAGGGGAUGUUAUUUUCCAGUGCCGGGUUGCAGCUCACCCAGAGGCCAAUUUUGAGUGGGAAAAGGAUGGGCGCUACCUGGGGGAAACUAACCGUAUCAAGAUUGUUUCUGACAGUGACAGCAGCACCUUAAAGAUCCAAAGCGUCCGUAACCUGGACAGCGGCACCUACACCUGCAGGGCCCAGAACUCUGUAGGGCGUGCCCAUGCUGCAGUGGCUCUUGUUGUAGAUGCUCAGGAUGCUCGCCACCUGGAUAAAGACAAGAAUACCUCCCUCCUCUCUCACUUGCAAAAGCGCAAAGAGGAAAUGAAGAAAGACAUCUCCAUCUAUCGCAGUGAAGAAAGCAGUACCUCAGUUUCUUCUUCCUCCACAGUCAACAUGAGAGAUACCUUGAGCUCCUUUAGUCUGGAGCAUGAGCUGAGGGCCUCUGCACUGGCGAAGCUUCCAAAAGGUGUAUUCACCCGUACCUGCACUGUGACUGAAGGCAAACAUGCAAAACUCAGUUGCUUUGUGACGGGUCAUCCCAAGCCACACAUUAUCUGGAGGAAGGAUGGGACGAACAUCAGUGAAGGCCGCAGGCAUGUAAUUUAUGAGGACCAAGCUGAGAAUUUUAUCCUUAAGAUCCUAUAUUGCAAGCAGAACGAUAAUGGUCUCUACACCUGCAAUGCAACCAAUAUGGCUGGGCAGACAUACAGUGCUGUGUUGGUAACUGUCAAAGAGCCUAAGGUGCCAUUCAAGAGGAAGCUGAAGGAUGUGGAGGUACAAGAGAAAACGUCGGCCCUGCUCAUGUGUGAGGUGCCGCAUAUUGUCACACAGGCCAACUGGUUCAUGGAGGAAACGCGGCUGGAGCAAAACACCAAAUAUCGCAUGGAGGAAGAAGGCACCUUACGUCGUCUCACCAUACAUAACGUCACCACAAAUGAUGACGGUGUUUAUAUCUGUGAGAUGCAAGAGGGAAGCCGAACUGUGGCUGAACUCACUGUUUUGGGUAACAUCACAAAAAAGCUUCCUCGAAGGACAAUAGUUCCUGUCAGUGACACCGUCAUCUUCUGUGUGGAGCUGGAGCAUCCCUGUCCAGAUUCGUACUGGACUCGCAAUGGCGAGAAGUUGAAAGAAGAUUCCCGGAUUUCCAUUGCCUGUGUUCUUAGACAAUACUCACUCACAAUUAGAGACUGCCAGGCAGACGACUCAGGAGAGGUUGCCUUUGUGGCUGGAGACUGCAAGACGUCUACACGAUUCUCUGUCACUGCUGCACGGAAGCAUCCACCCGAUCCCCCAGUCGAUGCUGUGGUGCAGAACAAGACAGACUCUUCCAUCACCAUUCAGUGGUCUCCUCCUGACAGUGAUCGCCCAGUACCUAUCAAAGGCUACAUUGUGGAAAGGAGGAAGGUUGGUACUUCGACAUGGCAGAGAUGCAGCGCUGGAGAAACUAUUCUUUCAACAGAGAUUACCAUCUCCAAAUUCACUGAGGAAGCUAGCUACCAAUUCCGCAUAUCUGCUAUGAAUGACUUUGGACAGAGUCCCUAUCUGGAGGUACCUGGGAGCUUCUAUCUGGAGCCCACUGCAGACAUCCGGAAAGGCCUGAUGAACAGCACUACAGUCUCUGGUGAGGAGUUCUCCAUCUCUGUGGAGCUGUCUGCUGUUUGUUCAGGCUUUUGGUCCCUGAAUGGGCGCCUCCUGCGCAGUGGAGCCGACUACCUCAUCACCAGGUCAAAAAAUGUACAUACACUGCUCAUCCGUGUCGUGACCAUGGAAAUGAAUGGCACUGAAGUGAAGUUUGUGGGUGGAGGCUCAGAGAGCAGUUGCAUCCUGUCUGUGAAAGCCCCUCCUAUUAGGUUCACUGGCAAGCCAGAUCAUUUAGAGGUCGUGACCUGCAGUGUUGAAGAUACUGCUCAUUUGACUGCUGAGGUGUCAGAUUAUGAGGCAGAGGUGGUUUGGAUGUUGAAUGGCCGUGAGGUAAAAAUGGGAAAGAAGUAUGAAUAUGUCAUAAAAGGUCGCAAGAGGAUCCUGAUGGUACACAAUGUUACAGAUGAAGAUGUGGGCAUUUAUGAGUGUGUUUUAGCUGAAGACAGGUUGCCCAUUCAUCUUACUCUUAAAGAUGAACCAGCUAAAUUUUUAAAUAAAGCCAGGGGUCCCAUGGGAAUGUCAUCAUCUCUUAAGGGAGAUCUUGAGCUCAGCUGUGAGGUGUCUCCUGCUAGCACCAUUGUUGUGUGGAAAAAGGAUCAAGUAGAGAUCACUGAGGACCAAAGAACUACCCUCAUCUCCAAAGGGACUCAAAGGAAGCUCAUCAUUAAGAAUGCCAAGAAAACUGAUGAAGGACAUUACUCCUGUGAGACAGCAGCUGACAAAGUCACAUUCCAGGUUAAGAUAAAAGUCUUGUUUUUUCUGUCUCAAACUCAAGCCGUAGCUGCCUUCUCCAACAAGGAGUCAGUCCAAAAGGAAGUGAAAGCCACCCUCUCUCAGAAAGCAACUCUUAGUUGUGAUGUGUCUGACAGUAAAACUGAGGUGAAAUGGUAUAAAGAUGGCAAGUUGUUGGUAUCCAGUGGGACAAAGUACUCUGAAGCAAAAGGCACCACCCGCCUACUGGUGAUUGAAAAGGUGGAGAAAGGUGAUGCCGGAGAGUAUACCUGUGAAGCUGGAGGAGAUAAGCUGGUCUUCAGAAUUGUUGUGUCAGAUGCCCAGUCAGCCUUCUUCAACAAGGAGUCUGUCCAAAAGGAGGUGAAAGCUACUCUGUCCCAAAAAGCCACGCUGAGCUGUGAGGUAGCUGAUGAAAAAACAGAGGUAAAAUGGUACAAGGAUGGGACCCUGCUGACUUCCAGCAAGACAAUCCAUACUGAAUCAAGAGGAAAGAGUCGCCAGCUGGUGUUAGCCAGCCUAGAGAAGAAAGAUGCCGGAGAGUAUAUUUGUGAAGCUGGCACUGAAAAGCUAGUCUUCAAACUUCAAGUGACAGACAUUCAGAUUCAGUCAGCUUUCUACAAAAAGGAAUCUGUCCAAAGGGAGGUGAAAGCUACUCUGUCCCAAAAAGCCACCCUGAGCUGUGAGGUAGCUGAUGAAAAGACAGAGGUGAAAUGGUACAAGGAUGGGACCCUGCUGACUUCCAGCAAGACAAUCCAUACUGAAUCAAGAGGAAAGAGUCGGCAGCUGGUGAUUGACAGCAUGGAGAGGAAAGAUGUUGGAGAGUACAUCUGUGAAGCUGGGUCUGAGAAGAUGGCCUUUAAACUCCAUGUAGCAGGUAAGAGUGCCCAAUCAGUCUUCUUUAACAAGGAGUCGGUCCAGAACGAGGUGAAAGCCUUUUUGUCCCAGAAAGCUACUCUUAGCUGUGAGGUUUCUGAUUCCAAAACAGAGGUGAAAUGGUACAAAGAUGGCAAGCUUCUCACUUCCAAUAAGACUAUAUAUGUAGAGUCCAAGGGCAAAAUUCGCCAGCUGGUGUUAGCCAGCCUAGAGAAGAAAGAUGCCGGAGAGUAUAUUUGUGAAGCUGGCACUGAAAAGCUUGUCUUCAAACUUCAAGUGACAGAGAUUCAACUCAAAUCUGCCUUUUCAAACAAGGAGUCUGUCCAAAAGGAGGUGAAAGCUACUCUGUCCCAAAAAGCCAUCCUGAGCUGCGAGGUAGCUGAUGUGAAGACAGAAGUGAAAUGGUACAAAGAUGGCAAGCAGCUGACUUCCAGCAAAACAAUUCAUACAGAGUCAAAGGGCAAGAGUCGCCAGCUGGUGAUAGACAGUGUGGAGAGGAAAGAUGCUGGAGAGUACAUCUGUGAGGCUGGGUCUGAGAAAUUGGCUUUUAAGAUCCAGCUGGCAGAACCUCAAGCUGGCUUCUCUAAUAAAGAGUCAGUCCAGAAGGAAGUGAAAGCUUCUCUCUCCCAGAAAGCCACUCUGAGUUGUGAGGUUUCAGAUUCCAAAACAGAGGUGAAAUGGUACAAAGAUGGCAAGCUGCUGACUUCCAGCAAGGCGGUCCAUAUGGAAUCACAGGGCAAAAGUCGUGAGCUGGUAAUAGAAAAAAUGGAGAAAAAGGAUGCUGGAGAAUACACUUGUGAAGCUGGAGCAGAAAAGCUGGUGUUUAAGCUGCAGUUGACAGAUAUAGCCAUCAAGUUCCAGAAAAAGCCUGCCAAGGACACAUUCGUUGUUGAAGCAAGUGAAAGCAUUGUUUUAGCCACAGAGCUGACCACAGAGAGUGGCACAGUCAAGUGGUUUAGAGACGGUGUCGAGCUCAAAGAGAGUAGCAAGUAUGUAAUAAAAAAAGAUGGCCGCUCUCGCUCACUGACAGUGAAAUCCACAGAAACCAAAGACACUGGAAUAUACUCGUGUCAAACUGCUGAUGACAAGGUAGAAUUCAAAGUUCAGGUUAAAGAUUCAGCAUUGAAGUUUGUUGUCCCUUUGAAACCUACCACAGUGGAGCUGGGAGGCACACUAAACUUGAUUUGUGAACUAAAUCAGGCCUCGGGUAAUGCUGUCUGGCAUCAUGAUGGCUGUGAGAUUAAACCUGGAAGCAGACACUGUGUCAGAACAGAUGGUGCAAAGCGAGUUCUCACUGUGACUGGCAUGACUAAGGAAGAUGAAGGCGAAUACAGCUGUGAAUGUAAAAACGAUAAGACCUCUGCUAAAAUAACUUCUAAAGCACCAAGACAAGUAAGGUUAACCACCAAACUAAAUAAUGUUGCUUCAAUGGAAGGAAAAGAGGCCAUUUUCAAGUGUGCUGUUACCCCAGCAGAUGUCAGUGUUAAGUGGUUCCACAACAGUAUAGCUGUCACCGCUGGGCCGAAGUACAAGGUUGAGCAUGGUGGUGGGAGUCACUCCCUUACUAUCACCUCUGUCACACAGAAAGAUGCUGGAGAGAUUAGUGUUGAUGCAGAAGGCAAAACCUGCAAAGCCACACUUCAAGUGCAACAUGAACCUGUGACAUUUAAGAAAAAGCUGGAAAACUUGACUGUGGAGGAACAAAGUGAAGCAAGACUGGAAGUGGAGCUCAGCAAGGCUUCUGAUGAAGUAAAGUGGAUGAAGAACAGCGUAGUGCUGCAGCCUGCAGGAAAUAUAGAGAUUAAGGUUGAUGGAGCUAAGCAAACUCUGGUCUUCAAAAGUGUAACUCAUGCUGACCGUGGCAUCUAUUCUUGUGAAACUCUGGAUGACAAGACCCAGGCCAAGCUCACUGUGGAGAUGAAGAAGAUUCAGGUACUAAAGGGUCUAACAGAAACAAAAGCACAUGAAACGGAGACAGUAACGCUUGAGGUAGAGCUCAGUCAGGCUGAUGUUGAAGGCUUGUGGACCAGAGAUGGGGCCAAGUUAAAGUCAGAGACAAACUGCCGCAUCACUGCCUUGGGAAAGAAACAUGCCCUGACACUGUCCAAACUUAAGAGGGAAGAUGCUGGUACUAUUGCCUUCCAAGCAGAGGGAGUCCAUACUUCAGGAAAGCUGAUUGUCACAGAACCUCCUGCUAUGAUCUCCAAACCCAUGAUGGAUAUCAGUGUUCCUGAGAAGGAGAAGGCUACUUUUGAAUGUGAAGUGUCUAGAACAAAUGCAGAUGUAAGAUGGUUCAAGGAUGAUGUUGAACUGAAACCAGGGAAGAACUUUGGCAUUCAUUCAUUGGGCCGAAAGCGCACUUUGGUCAUCAACAAAUGUACACCUGAAGAUGGAGGCAUUUACAUCUGUCGCACCACUGAUGAUAACACCUCUGCCAAGCUCACUGUCAAUGCCAGAAAUAUCCAGAUUGUAAAGAUGCUAAAGGAUGUGGAGGUGAUGGAGAAGGAGAGUGCCACAUUUACUUGUGAAAUCUCACAUGAUGACGUGGAGUUCAGCUGGUACAAAGGAAGUAUCAAACUAAAAGCCAGUGACAACAUCAAGAUGAGACAGGAGGGCAGAACCUUUGUACUGCUGAUUAAGUCUGUAACCCCUGAAGAUAUGGGUGAGAUUAAAUUUACAGCUGAGAAGGCAACAUCAGCAGCUAAACUUAAAGUGAAAGAGCUGCCUGUCAAGUUUGUGAAGAAACUCAGGGAUAAGAUAGCGAUGUAUAAGCAUCGUGGACAUCUUGAAUGCCAAGUGUCACGUGCCAAUGCAAAGGUGAAGUGGUUCAAAAACAAGACGGAGAUCAAAACAAGCAAAAAGUACGAAAUCAAAAGUGAAGAUGUGUAUCGAAAGCUCACCAUCAACGACGUGGACUCUGGUGAUGAAGACACGUACACCUGUGAUGCUACUGAUGACAAGACGUCCUGUAAACUGCUUGUGGAAGAGCAGUCAAUCAGCAUAGUGCGGGAACUUAGUCCAGUAGAGGUGACAGAGCCCUUUGCAGCUGUUUUUGAAGCUGAAACCAGUAUGGAAUUGGUGAAACCUCCUGUAUGGACUUUGAAUGGAGUUGCUGUGCAGGAGGGAGCUGAUGUUGAGUUGGAGAAAGAGGGCACCAUGCACCGUCUCACUUUCAAAAAGACUAAAGCAUCAAUGACAGGACCUGUACAGUUUACUGCUGGAAAAAGCAAAUCCUUAGCUCAGCUAACAGUCAAAGAGCGUCCACUUGAGAUUGCAGAGCCCAUCAAAGAUGUGAAGGCAAAGGAGAAAAGCUCGGCUAUACUCACCUGCAAAUUCUCAGCCCCACCCAAGGAAGUUAGUUGGUUCAAAGGUGAGCUACACCUGGCAGCAUCAGCAAAGUACAACAUGAAGCAAGAUGCUACAAGAGCCCAACUUACCAUUCAACGCUUGGCUGAGGAGGACAGUGGAGAGUAUCGCUGUCAGUCAGGACCUGCAGAAACCAAAGGCACCCUUACUGUAGAAGUGCGUGAAAUUAAGAUCACCAAGCAUCUGUGUGACACCGAGGUUGAUGAGGACAGCGAUGCAGUGUUCAUGUGUGAGAUUAACUAUGAGGAUGAAGAAGUGCAGUGGCUUUUGAAUGACAAGGUGCUCUGCACUAAUGAAGUCAACACCAUCACACAUGAGGGGAAGGCCCACAAGCUCACACUGAAGAACUUGGCACCUCAGGAUGGGGGGACCAUCUCCUUUCAAGUCCGCAAAGUAAAAGAGUCUGUUACACUAAAGGUUAAAGAGAAACGUGCUGUGUUCCUCAAGUCUCUGGAUGAUGUCAUUGGAGAAGAGAAGGGCUUGAUAACUCUGGCAUGUGAGGCAUCCAAGCCAAGAGUUUCCCCAGUCUGGAGAAAAGAAGGCAAAGUCUUAAAAGCUGGACCAAAAUAUGAGCUCCUUCACACAGGCAAGUCUUUGGGACUAAUCAUCAAAGAUGUCACCAAAGAAGAUGCUGGAGAGUACAGUUGUGACCUUGGCACUGAGGUUUCUAAAUCAAAGGUCACUGUUAGAGAAAUUGGAAUUGGAAUUACAAAAUGGCUGAAAUCUGCUGAGGUGAACGAGGGAGACACAUGUAGCUUUGAGUGCAUUCUGUCUCGUGAGAGCAAAGAUGAGUGCUUGUGGACCAUUAACAGCCAGACUGUUACAAACGGAGGUCGCUUUAAGAUCUCCAGCCAAGGACGCAAAUAUAUACUGACUAUUAAGGACGUCACCCCUGCUGAUUCUGGUGAGGUCGUAUUCAGCAUUAAAGACCUGAGCUCCAAAACAACAUUAACAGUUGAAGGACAAGCUUCAUCGGUAUCAAAAGGACUUCAGAAUGUAUCUGCAGUUCAGGGUGAAGAUGCUGUUUUUAUCUGUGAGGUGACACAGACUAGUUCUACUGUAAAGUGGGCCAAGGAAGGCAAAGCCAUCAAAGCAAGCCAGAAGUAUGACAUCAGUCAACAAGAUAAAGUGAUGAAGCUGACCAUCCGCAACGUGUCGGCUAAAGACUCUGGAGAGUACAGUUGUGAAGUUGUUGGAGGUGCAACCACCAAAGCUAAGCUGGAAAUUAAGGACCCAAUCCAUAAAUUUACCAAAGUGCUUGAGGACAGUCAAGCAGAUGAAAAGGGCUCUGUGACCUUGCACUGCGAGACGGCACAAACUCCAUCCACUGUUAUAUGGCUUAAAGGCCACACAGAACUGAAGGCUGGAGGUCGAUAUGUGAUGUCUCAGAAGGAGGGGGUCUUAACGCUCACCAUCAAACACCUGGAGGAGACAGAUACCGAUAUCUACACAUGCGAUGUGGGCACUGCCAAGAGCAUGGCAAAGGUGACCAUCAAAGCCCUGCCAGCCAGUUUCAGUGAGAAGCUAAAAAAUCAGACGAAGAAUGAAGGGGAGACUGUUACACUUUGCUGUGAGUUAUCGAAACCUGUAACUGAUGUCCUGUGGAAGAAAAGCUCUGAAGUUCUCAAACCUGGAGAGAAGUACGACAUGAAGCAGAAGGAAACCUCCUGUAUACUUCGAAUUAUGAACCUAAAGAUUGAAGAUAGUGGAGAAUAUACUUGUGUGUGUGGGAAUGAGAAGACAUCUGCUUCCUUGAAAGUCAAUGCAUUACCACCAACCUUCAAAAAGAAGCUGGAGAGCCAGGAGGCUGAAGAAGGAGCCAACAUUGUUCUGAGCUGUGAGCUUUCUAAACCUGAAGUCCCAGUGGAGUGGAAGAAGGGAACACAGGUCCUGAAGUCUGGAGAGAAGUACCAGAUGAAGCAGAAGGCCUCUGUUAAUGAGCUUGUCAUCAACAAGGUUGUACCAGAAGACAGUGGAGACUACAGCUGUGUGUGUGGAGACCAGAAGACCACAGCCAGCCUGAAUAUUAAGGCCCAACCAGUGACCUUCAAAAAGAAGCUGGAGAGCCAGGAGGCUGAAGAAGGAGCCAACAUUGUUCUGAGCUGUGAGCUUUCUAAACCUGGAGUCCCAGUGGAGUGGAAGAAGGGAACACAGGUCCUGAAGUCUGGGGAGAAGUACCAGAUGAAGCAGAAGGCCUCUGUUAAUGAGCUUGUUAUCAACAAGGUUGUACCAGAAGACAGUGGAGACUACAGCUGUGUGUGUGGAGACCAGAAGACCACAUCCAGCCUGAAUGUUAAGGCCCAACCAGUAACUUUCAAAAAGAAGCUGGAGAGCCAGGAGGCUGAAGAAGGAGCCAACAUUGUUCUGAGCUGUGAGCUUUCUAAACCUGGAGUCCCAGUGGAGUGGAAGAAGGGAACACAGGUCCUGAAGUCUGGGGAGAAGUACCAGAUGAAGCAGAAGGCCUCUGUUAAUGAGCUUGUUAUCAACAAGGUUGUACCAGAAGACAGUGGAGACUACAGCUGUGUGUGUGGAGACCAGAAGACCACAUCCAGCCUGAAUAUUAAGGCCCAACCAGUAACUUUCAAAAAGAAGCUGGAGAGCCAGGAGGCUGAAGAAGGAGCCAACAUUGUUCUGAGCUGUGAGCUUUCUAAACCUGGAGUCCCAGUGGAGUGGAAGAAUGGAACACAGGUCCUGAAGUCUGGGGAGAAGUACCAGAUGAAGCAGAAGGCCUCUGUUAAUGAGCUUGUUAUCAACAAGGUUGUACCAGAAGACAGUGGAGACUACAGCUGUGUGUGUGGAGACCAGAAGACCACAGCCAGCCUGAAUAUUAAGGCCCAACCAGUAACUUUCAAAAAGAAGCUGGAGAGCCAGGAGGCUGAAGAAGGAGCCAACAUUGUUCUGAGCUGUGAGCUUUCUAAACCUGGAGUCCCAGUGGAGUGGAAGAAGGGAACACAGGUCCUGAAGUCUGGGGAGAAGUACCAGAUGAAGCAGAAGGCCUCUGUUAAUGAGCUUGUUAUCAACAAGGUUGUACCAGAAGACAGUGGAGACUACAGCUGUGUGUGUGGAGACCAGAAGACCACAUCCAGCCUGAAUAUUAAGGCCCAACCAGUAACUUUCAAAAAGAAGCUGGAGAGCCAGGAGGCUGAAGAAGGAGCCAACAUUGUUCUGAGCUGUGAGCUUUCUAAACCUGGAGUCCCAGUGGAGUGGAAGAAUGGAACACAGGUCCUGAAGUCUGGGGAGAAGUACCAGAUGAAGCAGAAGGCCUCUGUUAAUGAGCUUGUCAUCAACAAGGUUGUACCAGAAGACAGUGGAGACUACAGCUGUGUGUGUGGAGACCAGAAGACCACAGCCAGCCUAAAUAUUAAGGCUUUGAAGCUGUCAGCGGCUAAACCAGAAUCCAAGAAGGAGGAGACCAAAGAAAAAAUAGAAGUUCUUCCAGUGGUGUGCAUUCGAGACUUGGAGAACCAGGUAUCUGAGGAGGGAGAUAGUGUCACUCUGCUCUGUGAGCUUUCUAAACCUGGACUCCAAGUGCAGUGGAAGAAAGGAACUGAAGUCCUGACUUAUGGAGAGAAGUAUCAGAUGAGACAAAGAGGAUUCAGAUAUGAGCUAGAGAUUCUUGAUCUGACACCUGGAGACACAGGAACUUAUUCAUGCUCUUCAGAGGACACACUAAGCUCUGCAUCUGUUGUAGUAAAUGAAUGGAGGAAAGGAGAGCUCGGUCUUUGUCCUUGUGCCAAAUAUGACAUUAAACAAAACGAACACCUGGCUACGCUAGUUAUCCAUGACGUAGAUCCAGAGGAUUCUGGAAGUUACACAUGUGACACUGGUGAUCGUCAAAGCACUGCACAGCUCUCUGUGGAGGCCAAACCAGUCCUAUUCAAAACUCAGCUGCAGAACAUUGAAAAACAGACAGGAGAGAGCGCCAGUUUUCGCUGUGAGACCACAAAGCCGGGAGCCAGUGUGGUCUGGAGGUGUGGUGACAGGGUACUGACAACCAGCAGCAAGUAUCAUCUAAAACAGGAAGGAAAUGUAGUCGAGCUUGACAUCUAUAAACUGCAGGGAACUGACUCGGGAGAAUAUUCCUGUGAUACAGGCUUCCAGAAGACUUCAGCUGUCCUCUCUGUGAAGGAAGUCGAGGUUAACAUACUGAAAUUUUUGGAGAGCUGCGUCGUAUAUGAGGGUGAAGAUGUCUGCUUUGAGUGUGUUCUUUCUCAUGAAAAGACACCUCCGGUCCAGUGGAAGCUCCAGGAUGUCCCUCUACAGAAUAAUGAAAUGAACUUAAUAAAAGCCGAAGGCAGGCUGCACAACCUCACACUUAGAGGUGUCACUAAAGCUGACUCUGGAACAGUCACUUUCACUGUGGGAAACCACACUUCCACCGCCUCCCUGACAGUCAGAGCAGCACCGGUAUCAUUCAAGAAGGAGCUUGAUAGUCAAGAGGUCACAGAAGGAGGUGAAGCCUCACUGUCCUGUGAGACAUCCAGCCCUGAUUGCAAGGUGACCUGGCGGAAGGGCUCAGCAGUACUCACUCAGGGGGAGAAGUACACCAUGCAUCAGAAAGCUACCACUCACACCCUGGUUAUUCACAAGCUAAUCACAGAGGAUAGUGGUGAAUAUACCUGCGAUACUGGAGACAAGAAAAGCACUGCUACUCUGACUGUAAAAGAGCAUGUCCGCAUCAUCCGGGAGCUCUGCGAUAUCACUGUGACCACUGGCCAGGAUGCUGUCUUUGAGGUUGAGCUGUCGCACUCAGGUGUCACCAACAGGGAGUGGUGGCUUGGAGACAACCUCCUUCAAAACAAUGAUCUGAAUCAAAUGAGCAGUCAAGGUAGAGUGCACCGACUGGUUCUGAAGAUGGUAACCACAGAUGAAUCCGGGGAUGUUGCCUUCGUGAUGGGAGAGGAGAAGAGUGUGGCUUGUCUUCUGGUGGAAGAAAAACCUAAAGUGUUAAUAUUAGAGAAGCCGCACAACACUGUGGCAUUAGAGGGGGAAACAGCCACGCUUGCCUGCUCCAUCUCUAAUCCCAAUGCCACAGUCAACUGGAUUAGGAACUAUGUGGCCAUCCAAGCAGGUCUCAAGUAUGACCUGAGGAAGAAUGGAGCAUUCCAUCAGCUUCGUAUCCACAACCUGGUGCCUGAGGACUCAGGAACGUACACCUGUGACACUGGAGAUGAAAAGUGUGAUGUCACGUUGACUGUGGAAGGUGCCCCGGCAUUCUUCAGAAAAGAGCUAAAGAACCAGGACGCCAUAGAGGGUGAUGAUGUUACCCUGCACUGUGAGCUGUCUAAGCCAGGUGUUCGUGUUGAGUGGAGGAAAGGAGGCAUUGUCCUCCAGCCCAAUAUUAAGUAUGAAAUUAAGCAGGAGGGAUGUAUUCAAGAGCUUUGCAUACGAAACCUGGAAGCUGAAGACAGUGGCUACUACACCUGUGAUGCAGGAGACCAGCUCACUACAGCUUCUUUGGCAGUGCAAGUGAAAGAAGUCUUCAUUGUUUCUGGUCUUAAGACCACUGACGUUUUUGUUGGGGAGUGGGCAACCUUCUCCUGCCAGCUAUCUGGUAGGACCCCUGGUAAAGUACAAUGGUGGCUGGAUGGCAAUUUGCUGGAGAAUAGCCCUUUUAUUGAGAUAGGGCUGGAGCAAGGCUACAUCCACACACUCACCUUUAAGAACCUGGCCACUGAUGACUCUGGCACUGUCACCUUCAGAGUGGGCAAUUUAACCUCAGCAGCCAAGCUAUUAGUCAAAGAUCCAAUAGUUGAUGUGGUGAGCGAAAUGGAGGACCUUCGGGUUGUUGAAAACCAACCAGCUGAGUUCAUCUGCCAGUUCUCAAGGCCAGUCAAGGCUCAGUGGAAGAAAGAUGGGCAGCCUUUGCAGCCUGAUGGCCGAAGGAUGGUAGUAGAGCAGGACUGGAAUGUGGCACGCUUGUACAUUAACUGCGUUUCUGCUGAGGACACGGGCACAUACUCCUGUGAGGCAGAGGGGACCUGUGUGGUUGCUUCACUUCAUGUGGAAGCCAAACCCAUUCACAUUGUUCAAGGCCUGGAGAAUGUUGAAACUUUUGAUGGAGGAGAAGCGCUCUUUGAGUGUGCCCUUUCUCGUCCUGAGAGCAAAGAUUGCUGCUGGUUUAUUGGUGAAAAACCAGUGAAAGACUCCCCGAAGACUGAGCUUGUGUCAUUUGAGAGUGGUCUUCGCCAUCUGCUGCUGUUGAAGGAGCUCCAUGUUAAAGACAGUUGCACAGUAACCUUUAAAGCUGGAACAGCUUCCACAUCUGCUCAGCUCACUGUGAAAGCCUGGAAGCUGGACAUUGUGAAAGGUUUGGAGGACAGAGUGGCUGCGGUGGGAGAGAAGGUUGAGUUUUGCGUUAAGCUGACGGAGCCAGUCCCUGCAUCAGAAGUAGCCUGGUACGCUAAUGGAGUUGAGCUCAAGCCAAGUGACCUCUGGGCCAUGAGAGCCGAUGGCAGUUCUUAUCGCCUCGUCCUGAGACAGGCCCCCCUUAUGCCCCAGCAGGAAAUUACAUUUGCUGCUAGGGAUGCUCUUUCUCUGGCCAAGCUUUCCAUUAUCACUGUACCUGAUCCUCCUGAGGAUCCAGAGGUAUUAAGUAAGACUACAGAGUCUGUUACCCUCUCUUGGUUUACGCCUCUUCACGACGGAGGAAGUCCAAUUCUGGGCUACAGAGUAGAGAUGCGACUGGUGGACAGCGCCCUCUGGCUUCCGUGCCAUUCUGAGCCUGUGUGCAACACAGAAUUUCUGAUUGAAAAUCUCAUCCCAGGAAAUGGCUACAGGUUUAGAGUUGCUGCCAUUACUCGAGCUGGGACUGGAGAGCCUGUUGAACUCCCUCUGACUGUGCAGCUUGGUGAGUGGACUUGUAGUUUAUUUGUUUUUCCUUUCCUAUGUAUAGAUGCAAAACAAGCAGAAGUACUUGGACAGCCCAGCCUGCCUCCUGAAGCUGCUGAAGAAGGUGAUCUCCAUGAGCUGUGGGAGGCAUCAGCCAAGAAGCGGCGCAUGAGUCGAGAGCCCACUCUGGACUCUAUCUCUGAAACACCUGAAGAGGGUGGUAAAGGUGGCCAAAACAAAAAAGGAGAGGAGCUUAUAUCAUCAAAGAAAGUGGAAAUUACAUCAACUGAGAAUGAUCAAGUCGCUGUGUCUAAAAAGCAGACAGAAGCCAACCUGUCCACCAGCUUAGAGGAAAAGACUGUUUCUGGGGGAUCAACACUUGUGUCCUACCUCAAAACAAGUAGUGAAACUGCUUUCACAGAAACUAGUGAGACAGAUACUCUCACUGCUGAUAAGUUCUUUGCACAUUUCCAGAUGUCAGAACAGAAAAUGGUGCAGCAGACUGAAGUUAAAACAACUGUAAUUAAGCAAACGGAGUCUUCACAGGAGACCAGCAUUAUGGAGAUUAGUAAAGAGGAUGAACCUGAGCUUAGAGAUGCUGCCAUUAAGAUUCAAGCUGCCUUCAAAGGUUACAAAGCUCGCAAGGACAUGUGUCCUGUCUUCAAAGAGGCCUUCAAAGACCAGACCACAGAACCUAAUGGCACCAUACAUCUGGAAUGUGUGACAGAAAGUAAACCUGAUAAAGUACGUUGGAUAAAAGAUGGAGAGCCACUGACAGAUGGCAAGCAUCACCAUAUUGAUAUCUACAAUGAUGGAACCUGCUCGCUUGUCAUUACUGCCAUCACCACCAAGGACACGGGGGUUUACACUUGUGAGGUUACCAACAAGUUUGGAGUAGCUUCUCACAGUGCUAAAGUGACAGUAGGAACCGCGAGAGAAUCAUCAGGGCGGCGGCCACUUACAGUGGGAUACAGUGCAGACAGUGAGCCUGAGAGCUCCUCUGGUAGUGAGAUGGAUGAGUCAUUGAGGAAGGCAAGCAGGCGCCUGAGGCGGCUCUUGCGCACACGCCUCCCACCAGAUGUUGAGGAAGAACCAUUUCUCAGUGCAGAUGAAGGGGACUUGAAUUAUCCAGAUCCACAUUCUUACCGUGAGGAUGACAAUUACAUCUACAUUCGCUUUGAUACACGGAGCGAGGCUGAAGUUGCCUCCAAGAGAUUCCAGGAGAUGUUUACAAUCCAUGGGGUCCCUGUGGAGACUGCCAUAAUACCAGCUGGGCUUCCAAAAGUUGAGCUACGAAUUAAAAAGAUGGGCUACAUCCAAGAUGGUACACAGACCCCUACACAAGAUAGACAGCCUCCUGCUUUUAUGACUGGAGCUCCAGCUGCACCAGUCUUCUUGACAGAGCUACAAAAUCAGGAUGUCCCAGACGGUUAUCCCGUCAGCUUUGACUGCGUUGUGAUUGGGAAGCCUCCUCCCACUGUUCGCUGGUAUAAGGAUGGCAAACUGCUGGAGGAGAAUGACCAUUACAUGAUCAAUGAGGACCAGGAAGGGUGCCAUCAACUCAUCAUCACCUCUGUGUUGCCCACUGACAUGGGUGUCUAUCGCUGCACAGCUGAAAACAACAGUGGCAUUGCUGCUACUAAAGCUGAACUCAGAGUUGAUAUGUCUUGCAGCUCAGAUUAUGACACUGCUGCUGAUGCCACUGAGACAUCCUCCUAUGUCAGUGCCAAGGGCUAUGCCUCCAGGGAAACUGAGACCUUUGAGUCUGUUGCUGAGGAUGAUCAGCUCCCACAGGUUGUGGACGAGAUUCACGAUGUUCAUGUUAGUCCAGGUUCUCCUAUUGCUAAGAUGCAACUCAAAGUUAAAGGUUUUCCCAAACCUAGAGUGUAUUGGUUUAAAGAUAGUCAGCCUCUGCGAACGUCAAACAGGAUUCUGUUAUCAGCAAAGAGAGAUGUUCAUGAGGUGGAAAUCUUGGAAGUUACAAGAGAGGAUAUGGGGGAGUACUCUGCUUACAUUAGCAAUGCAGCCGGCUCAGCUUACUCCUCUGCCCGACUGAUAGUACUGAAUCCAGGCGAGAUUAUUCCACAAGAUAAAAAAGACACCAAGGAACCAUUGGUGCCACCUCGCUUCCUUGAAAGGUUCAGCAACAGGAAGGUGAAACAAGGAGCAAGCAUCACUCUGUCUGUUAAAGUAGAAGGAUCUCCUACUCCCACGGUGUCUUGGCUGAAGGAAAAAUCAUUGGAGGAUGUCUUGUGGAUCAAGCCUGAUACUAAGGGCUACAAAAUAGCAAGCUCUGGGCGCCAGCACAGCCUCAUCCUGAUGGAUGUGGGCACAGAGUACACUGGCACCUACACUUGCAUUGCUGCAAACAGAGCAGGGCAAUCUAUCUGCACUGCUCGCCUCGAGGUGGAUGAAACACCACAACCAAAGAAAGAGACCAUACCACCAGAGGUUUUUGGUAUUACAAUUAGUCCUCCAGAGGAAGAGGCUGGCAGAGGAAAAGAGAGUAAAAUUCCCUAUUUGGGGGAAGUAGGUACAGAAGAAUUCCUGAUGAAACUCACUUCACAGAUCACUGAAAUGGUAUCAGCAAAAAUCACCCAAGACAGUUUACAGAAUCAUGAAGUGCUCCAGUGGAUGAAAUCUUGGCCCAAAACUACCACUUCAUUACGUGUACCAGGAGCUGACAGUGAUGAUGAGACCAAAACCCCUUCUGCAUCGCCUCAUCACGGCCGCUCUCGUCCUCCCUCCCUCAUUGCUGACUCCUCCUCAGAGUCUGAUGAAGGGGAUGCCAGAGGAGAGAUGUUUGACAUUUAUGUGGCAACAGCUGACUACAACCCCACCAUUGCCAGCAAAGAUUCCAUCUCUCUGAAGGAAGGACAGUAUGUCGAGGUUUUGGACUCAGCUCAUCCACUCAAGUGGUUAGUUCGGACCAAACCCACUAAAAUGACACCAUCCCGUCAAGGCUGGGUAUCGCCUGCUUACCUGGACAAAAAACUCAAACUUUCUGCUGACACGGGUGACUUACCAGAAACAAGUGUAGAGGAGGUGUCAGAGGGAGAAUACAAGAGGAAGUUAUUCCAACUGAUCCAGGACUUGAUAAAUGGAGAGUCAGAGUUUGUUAAAGAGGUAAAUUUCUUUACCUCCCACCACCUGAAGCAUGCUGACUGCCCUGAUGUACCACCUGAUGUCUCAGGCCAAAAGGAGGUCAUUUUCAGGAAUAUUGAUGAUAUCAAGUCCUUCCAUAGCAAAGCAUUCCUUCCAAAGCUAAAUGAAUGUGACACUGAUGAUGAUGUAGCCAUGUGCUUCCUGAGGAACAAAGAAGGCUUUGAGAAGUACCUUCAGUAUCUUGUGGGACAGAGCCAGGCUGAAUCUACUGUCAGUGACAAGACUGUCCACCAUUUCUUUAAGGAGUACAGUGAGAAAGAGCAAGCCAGUGCAGAUCCUGCAGAUCCCCCUGUAAGAAGUAUCAACGCCUACCUCCAGCAGCCACAGGAGAGGAUUCAGAAAUACAAAGCCUUCCUCAAGGAGCUCAUUCGAAACAAGGCAAGAAAUGGCCAGAAUUGCUGCCUUCUGGAAGAAGCGUAUGCAAUGGUGUCUGCUCUCCCUCAGCGCUCUGAGAAUACCCACCAUGUGUCACUGAUUGAGAACUAUCCCGCUACCCUGGAAGUACUUGGAGAACCAAUUAGACAGGGACCUUUUCAAAUCUGGGAGGGAGCUCCUGGCAUUAGAACGUCCACUAGAGGUCACCACCGCCAUGUCUUCCUCUUUAAGAACUACUGUAUCAUCUGCAAACCCAAGAGAGACAGCAACACUGACACACAGUCGUAUGUUUUUAAGAACAUGAUGAAGCUGAAUAACAUUGAUGUAAACGAAACAGUGGAAGGAGACGACCGCGCAUUUGAGAUCUGGCAUGAACGAGAAGACUCUGUGAGAAAAUACACUUUACAGGCUCGAACUGUUACCAUCAAGAACUCGUGGCUGAGAGACCUCCGAGAGCUGCAGCAGCGAUUCAGCAUGCCUGCGUGGAGUCCUCCUGAUUUUGAAGAAAUUUUGGCAAACUGCACAGCAGAGUUGGGCCAGACUGUUAAACUGGCCUGCAAAGCCACUGGAGUUCCCAAACCUGUGGUCACAUGGUAUAAAGAUGGACGUACAGUAGAGGCAGAUCCUCAUCACAUUAUUAUUGAGGACCCUGAUGGCUCCUGCACACUGAUCCUGGAUAAUAUGACUGCAGAUGAUUCAGGCCAGUACAUGUGCUUUGCUACAAGCUCAGCUGGCAAUGCCAGCACUCUUGGAAAAAUCACAGUUCAAGUUCCACCUCGUUUUGUAAAUAAAAUGAAGAAUGCUGUCUUUGUGGCUGGUGAUGAUGCACAGUUCACAUGUGUAAUACAAAGUGCCCCCAGCCCCAAGAUAAGGUGGUUUAAAGAUGGCAGGCUGCUGACUGACCAGGAAAAGUAUCAGACUUACAGUGAGGUCCGCAGUGGGGUUCUGGUUCUUGUUAUAAAAAACUUGACAGAGAGAGACCUUGGACACUACGAGUGUGAGUUGUCUAACCGCCUGGGCAGUGCCAAGUGUGCUGCAGAUUUAGUCCUCCCCUCUGCUGUGGCGCGCACUGGUGAGCAGGCCAUCACUAUUGAAGUUACUGAACAAGAGACUAAAAUACCAAGAAAAACCAUCAUCAUUGAGGAGACUAUUACCACAGUGGUGAAGAACCCACGUAUGAGGAGGCACAGAUCCCCUGGCUUGACUGUUAUUGGUGCUCACCGCUCUGAGACUUCCACUCCUGAGCCCCUGGCAACCAGGCCAAGGAGGAUGCCUACCCCAAGAAAGACCACUAUCCCAACCCUCUAUGUUACUGAACCUGAGGGGGCUGAAGCCAGGGCAAUGGAGAGCAGGCCCAAGUGGGUUGAAGUGGAGGAGGUCAUCGAGUAUAAGGUCAGUAAGUCUCCCAGGCUGUCCAGGAGGAGAGGAAUCUCACCCGCAGGGUCUGAUCGAGCAGCCACUCCUUCAAGACCCAAGAGGUCUGCCAUGGAAAACCCAAAUGUCAACAAUUCCAACAACAAGCUGGUAGAGCAAAUGCAGGCACAGCUGCAGGGAGACAUCAGCAGCCAGCCGCUGUCCUGGGAGGAAGAUGAGACUCAUGCUGCCGCUGGUUCUGCUUCUGGAGACCCACACGAGCUCUCAUCUGUCCUCACACUUACUGGACAAGACAGCAACGACCUGGAUGAUCAAGAAACCGUUAUCUUUGAACCUGAUGAAGAAGAUAACGAAUGUAAUCCAUUCAAAAAGCAGGAGCCCAUAAUCCUGAAACAAGGAGAUCGUAUUUUGACCCUGGAGGACUUGGAGGAUUACAUCCCAGAGGAAGGAGAGACUUAUGGCUCCUCCUACACCCAACAUGUUGCUGAUGAAAAACCCUGUGAGAUCUCUGUGCUCCAGAGGGAGAUUUGUGGUUCUUCAGUGGGACAGCCAGUGCUUCUCAACCUGGGACGACCUGACGUGGUGCCGAGACAGAGGAGCGGCUUCUUCGGUCGCUUCAAGGAGCAUCUUUCCAGCAGCUUUUUCCCAUCUGCCUUCACACAGUCUGGUGAAGCUCGUCCCAGGACUGAGAGGCAAAUCCCAAUCCAAGUGAGCCACGCAAAGCUGGAGGUGAAGCCUUCAUACUGUUCAGAAGUGCAAAGAGUUGAAGGCAGGCAGCAGAGCUUUAAAACCAAAGUGUCCACUCAGACCUACGGUUACACAUCAAUUGGCAACCCUGUCACUCUUCAAAUUAGAGAUAACCAUUAUCAGAACCAGUAAACAUUUUAAUUUGGUAAUACAUACCUACUUAGUCUUAAAGAGGUACAUUACUAUUUACAUCAUUAAAAAAACAAGGUAACUCCUAACUUGAGGUACAUGUGCUACAUUUGACAAACCAUUCCAUUUUGAAGCAGCCAAUCAGAAACUUUCUCUUCCUCCGAGUUGUUUUACAGACAAAUGUUUGGAGCCAAUGUAGUCUUCAGAUAGUUUGAAACUGUAAAUUAUAGGAAUAAUCAUGUCACUUUAAGAAGAAUUCAGUCUCAUUCGUUCUCUCAACUGCUAUGUGACUUAUGCAGUUUGAAGUUUGGGCAGACAUAAUCCAAGAAAUAAAUUCAUGACAUUUACAGCUAAUUAGUUAUUGACAGUUUUUGUUGCAUAUGUACCUUCAUAAAAUCAUGAACCUGCCCAGAUGAACUAAUCAAGGCAUUAUUCUCAGUAAAGAAAUAACAAAACCCCUUGCUGUAUUUCUAAACAAAUACUUAUACAAUAGUGUUGUGUUGUAUUUUAUCAGCUUUACUUUUGUACUUUCCAGAAAUGUUGAAUUUUAAAGUGCCUUGGAUUCCUUGAGCAGGAAAUAUUACCGUUAAUAAGAUGUUGACUUCAUGUGUCAGAUUAGUCAGUCUAGUUUAAGGACUGAUGUGUAAUCAAAUUAUAUAUUAAGUUAUCUAUUGGCAGAUUAUUUGGUAGGUUAAUUAGUAAGCUGCUUUACAAAUACAUCCUACAUGAAGCAGAUGUUCCCAGCACAUAUUAUCUGGAUUUUCUGAGCUUUCUAGACAUUUUGUUUGUUACUGCGAUGCAGUUGUCUGACGACUCACCGGCCAUUGCAGGAAUGCAUUAAGUGGCAAUUAUUUAGAUGAGUGACUGCAUGUGUUUGCUUUUCUAAAGCAGAUGUGUUAAUCCAGAAUAACCAGAACUGUCACCUCCUAUUCAAGUACAAAUGUGUGUUAUGUAAUAAACCCAGAAUUUACUACCUUCUCAUUAGCCGUUGAGUGAGUAGAAUAACUUCCUCCUUAAAGAUGUGUGGCGUUUGUGUUGUUGAAAGGUGCCAUUUACAAGGAGUAUGUUAUGUAAUGAUAUUAAAACACUUGAUUGUAAUUGCUUGUACUUUACAUGUGUAGUUUUGGGACAAAACAAGGUUGAAUACAAAGUGUUGAAUUAAAUAAAUGUACUACAAAGACUUAA